AUGUGGCAAGCCCGCGACGAAAACGGCGUUCCCGCGAAAAAGGUUCCUUUCACUGCUAACGUUUCCGCCGAUUAUUCCGUCUCUCCUGACCUCGGAACGGCAGCGAAGCCGUCAGAACAACCGGCAGCAGAACCAGCAGACGUCACUCCAGACGUUCUGAGAAUGGAUGACGAUUUCGGACACCUGGACGACGUCAAGGCAGCGCAGAGCAGCAACGAGGAAGCUAGUAACGGGGACAAGCACGAGGUGAAGGCUACGCUGGGGCAAGGCGAGGAGCCGAAGCAGUCGGAUGUGACUUUCUACGUCCAAACAGCGUGGAGUGCGUUUGUGUCUGCUCUCGCGGCUGACGACGUUGCGUCGGCCUCGUCUAUCCUGUUCGGUCCCGACGCCGUGACGCUCAUGGCUCUGGGUGCUGACAGCGUGACUCUUGCAACGGAACAGGAGAAGGCAAACCUGCUCAAUGCAUAG